GUUGCCGUGAUUGGCCGGCCACAAAGUAUGUCAGAUAAGAAAUAAAGCCCAGACUAGGUUUAACUUGUUGAACUAGUCUCACAUUUGCUCUAAUUCAUCGACCGGCGCCAAGGCCGCCGAUUGAAUAUUCAUCUUCAAGACUGAAUUCAAUUUUGAACAAAAUACUCAAUCUGCCGGGCGCAGGCCGAUGAAUCGGAGCAAACGUGACUCGGGCAUUACCAACACAAGACCAGGGACCCAACCGAUCGAGGUCGUGAACUCUAUCUUUUGUUAGCUGAGAAUAGUCUUUUAUUCAAGUAGUAUUCCAAUACAAUGGCAGUUUUUAUUUGAGCCUAGUAUGGGAAAUUAUGAAUUCUGCUUUGUACGAGCUAAUAUACACUUAAAUGAUGUUCAAACAUUUGUUUUGAUUGUAAAUGCUUACACGACCUACUUGGCAGCUGUUUACAGAAAACGUAUUACCCGUAUGCUAUAUAGAUCUGAUUAACAUUUUGUCAUAUAAAAUUCAUCAUUUACUUGUGUAUAAUCUCGGUAUGCAAUAUAUAAAGAACGGAAAAAGGAACUCGUAAAAACAGAGCUGUUGCGUCUAUCAAUAAUCGAGAUGUGUGUGGGGUACUAAAUAAUCAAAAUAUGGACAUUCUGCUAUUUCUCCUGUAUCACAUUGUUAGAGGAGUGUUUAUCACACUACGAAGACUGUACUGGAAAAUAAAUGGAGUUUCCUCAUUUCUAGCAGAAAUCAAUCGUGGAAGACAUUACAACAAAUCGGCACAAGUCGGAACAAUAAUAUGGCGAGGAAAAAUCAUUGAACAUAAUCUGGCAGAUGAGGCUGACUUUCUGUUCGUCCAUGAACGAUUUGCUCAUCCACGUUGCGUUCUGGAUAAUGACGUCACAUUGUACACCAUAACAGAUAACAAUGAAGCGAUAUUUGUAGAGACUCCUUCAAAUAUCAACAUAUAUAGCUCAGAUGUGCACCCAUUUUUCUACGCGGCACAGUUCAAGCAUGCGGUUCGAGUUAUCAAAUUGCCGUUUGAAAGUUUCACGAUACUUGCUAAUGAGAUAGGGGAUCCAAAAAUGAAAAUUGUUCUGAUAUCUAACACGGGGCGUUGUGGUUCAACUCUUCUCUUACAAAUAUUUGAAUCAACGGGACAAUUUAUAACAAUUUCAGAACCUGAUGCAAUGACGAAGUUAGCAUUACUAAGAAUGAAGUCUGGGAGAACUCCGAUGGAGGAAAAAACAUGGUGUCAGAUGUAUAAAAAUCUUGUACGGCUUCAGUGUAAACCAAGGGCUGGUGUGGAUAUUCAGCCAGCGUAUUGUAUUAAAACACGUCAUGUUUGCGUGAACGACAUUGAAGUUCUGAUGGCCGAAUUCCCAGAUGUUCAUCAAAUAUUUCUUUACAGAAACAUCUUGAACACCACCAAGUCCAUGCACAGCAUUACUAACUCCUAUAAUAAAAUUCAGCAAUAUUAUCUUCCUAUCAACAAAGUCAGCAAUACGAUGGUGAAUGCUCUUCUUCCAAACUGGGCUAAAGGAAAGAAGUUCACAAAGUCGCCUCUGUCCUGUUAUAUCCUUGAAUGGGGGCUGGUUAUGUCCAUCUAUCUUCACCACCAGCAGAAUGGAGUCAGGGUAGCCGCAAUACGGUACGAAGAUAUCCUUGAUAGUCCAACCGAAGCAUGUUCUACCAUUUUUAAAUAUUGUAACAUUUCCACAGAAUUUGUCUCAAGUGGUGUGAAAGCAUUGUGUAAAGAGUCUCAAAGAGGGAGUGCCAUAAUGAGAACAGACAAAGCAGCAAAGAGGAUGGAGAUUACAGUUCAUAUGAAGAAGGAACUCAAUGAGAUUCUAUCAAAGAUGGGGCUUCCUAAACUUGAUGAGCCUUGCAUUGUCUCAGGCCUAAUAACUGGCCAUGGACAAUUAUAAUUGUAUUGUUCCACGCCUGAUUACUGGAUGAUUAAAAGCCUUGUAUUGUCCAAUGCCUAAUUACUGGACAAUUAUAAGCCUUGUAUUGUCCAAUGCCUAAUUACUGGAUAAUUGUAAGCCUUGUAUUGUUCCAUGCCUAAUUACUGGAUAAUUAUAAGCCUUGUAUUGUCCAAUGCCUAAUUACUGGAUAAUUGUAAGCCUUGUA